AUGCUAUUACAGCUCAUGGCACAGCUGUUCGAGGUCAUUGAACACGGCAAAGUCGGGGUGUUUGAGAGCCCCACCGGGACGGGAAAGACGCUAAGUUUGCUCUGCAGCGCAUUCACAUGGCUUGCGCUCAAUCGACAGCGAGCCGUGGUUGGUACGCUGCGUGGUAACGCAGAGCAAGCCGACGAAGAACCAAACUGGGUAGUCGCCCACGACGAAGAAAAGCAGCGCGAAAUGCUCGAAGCGAGUGAAAAUGAGAUUCGUGCUAAGCUGCGGAAAGUGCGAGAGCACCAGUCUAAUCUCCGCUUGGAUCCUGCGCAUCGUAGUGAAUCAGAGAACGCACGCAAGAAACGUCGUGUGGACGAAGAGUACGAUUCAGAUACAGCGUACCUCAUCGACGAGUACGACGAGACAAGCCGCACAAUACGCCGAACAAAAGAUAAUGGCGAUGCGUAUGCGUUUCUUUCUGCAGAGGCACGCGCAAUGAUGGAAGAGUAUGAAUCGAGCUUUGCCCCGCGCGAAGACGCUACAGAGCCAUCUACCACGCCGAAAAUCUACUACGCAAGCCGGACGCAUAGCCAGCUAUCCCAACUAGUGCAUGAACUAAAAAAAACAGAGUUCGGCACUGCAUCGGAAGCGCAUGAUCCUGUGCGCUCGGUGAGCCUCGGCAGCCGGAAACAGAUGUGCAUCAAUCCCUCUGUGCGUGAUUUGGGCGCGACGUACGGCACAGAAGCUAUGAACGAGCGAUGCAUGGAUCUGAUGGAGUCCGGCAAAUCCAAACUGCGAUGUUCUUACCUUCCACCCAUGGACCACGCUGGGCAGCAAAAAAUGGAUGCAUUUCGCGACCGUGCUUUGGCAGAAGUGCAUGACAUUGAGGAGCUGGUCCGAGUGGGAAAAGACAUGCACGUAUGCCCUUAUUUUGGCGCACGGAACAGCGUUCGGCAGGCGGAGCUGGUCACACUACCGUACAAUAUGCUACUGCAGCGCGACGCGCGCGACGCGCUGCAGCUGUCUCUUGACGACAGUGUCGUGAUCAUUGACGAGGCGCACAACCUUAUUGAUACCAUUCUUGCCACGUACUCGGCAGAGCUGUCACAGACACACAUUCAGCAAGCCACGGAGCAGGUACGUGCCUACUUGCAUCGAUUUUCAUUGCGGCUUAAAGGAACCAAUGAAGAGCACUUGCGAACAUUACAAGUGCUGCUCUCCGCUUUGCAAGCAUACUGUACUGCCAAGAUCCAGGCAUUUGGCGACACGGCAGAAAUUGUCACGGAAACGCUUACAACAGUACAAUUCACCGCGGCUUUAGGCGGCACAGUGGAUCUCAUCAACCUUGUGCGCCUUGAACACUGGCUCAAAGAUACGCGCAUUGCGCGAAAAAUCAGUGGGUAUGCCGACAAGCAAUGGGUUCAGGAGCAUGGGAAGGACUGUCCUCGUCGCAAUAAAAUGCAGGCUAUGCAUCUUUUCGAAGGGUUCCUACUUGCGCUCAGUAACCGUGCAGUCAAUGGCAAGGUGAUGGUUACAGUUUCACCUGCGAGCACUGAGCAGGACAGGCAUGUCCACUUCAAGUACCUGCUACUCAACCCUGCAGAAGCGUUCCAGCCGCUCCUGGAUGCUGCGCGAAGUGUGAUCCUUGCUGGCGGUACGAUGGAGCCCAUGUCCGAAUUUCAAACGCAAUUGUUUGAUGGCGUUUCCCGGGAUCAAUUUCAGGCCUUUUCCUGUGCACAUAUUGUGCCACAGGAAAACAUUUUAGGGGCAAUCGUGAAUACGGGGCCCAAAGGGACACGCUUGGAGUUCACCUACGAUGCAUGGAAAAAGCCCGCAUUGUUGGACGACUUGGCCAAUGCACUUUCCAAUUAUUGCAACAUUAUACCGCAUGGCAUCAUCGUCUUCCUCCCUUCGUAUGCCAGCCUGAAUAUGACCAUGGCGCGGUGGAAAAUCACAGGCGCUUUGGAUCGUAUUGCGAAACGCAAACGUGUACGUUGUAUCUUUGCUCACACACAGAUCUUUAUGGAACCAAAGCACACGCAAGAAGUCGAUGGCGUGUUGCACAGCUAUGCAGCUGCAAUUACAGCUCCAAGCCAAAAUGGAUCACGCGGCGCUAUCCUGUUUGCUGUGGUGGGAGCAAAGCUCUCGGAGGGUAUUAAUUUCCAAGACGACUUGGCGCGCUGUGUUGUUAUGGUCGGUCUCCCUUUUCCAAAUUCCAAAAGCAAGGAACUCUCUGAGCGCAUGGAGUAUCUGCGUAAAACAGAACCCAGUGCUUCCGGUACAGUGGAUAAGGGUCGCGAAUUGUACUUGAAUCUAUGCAUGCGUGCCGUCAACCAGUCGAUGGGUACGUGCUUCGAUACUGUAAGCUCACUGCAGGUCGCGCCAUUCGACACCGAAAUGAUCAUGUGUGUAUUUGUAUGUGUAUCUGACAUUAGGCCGUGUUUUUGCUUUUAG